CUCUGGAACUUUAGUCAUUAAGGAAGCACUCCACUUAGAAUUCUCACACUUCUACCAGUUGAGCUCAAAGAGAGACAAACGUUGGAAAAACUGAAGCAAGACUAACUUAAAUCAGCUAAACACAAUGAGCUACGGCAAAUGUAAGUAUUUUUUCUUCAAAUAGUAAUUAACCUGGGAUAGGAAACUUAUGGGAGAUCUAACUAAAAGAUUUCUGACAGCAUUGUCAGUGAUAAUUUAAGCAGAAAAAGUUUUUUUCAUUUUUGAAGUAAUUGAUCCUCAGACACUUUUCAUACAUUUUGUGGAUUGUUUAAGUUGACUUUGAAACUACAGCAAGACAAUGAGUUAAUGUACAAAUGUAGGAUUAUACUCUCUUUAGUAGAUCUUAAAGGCAGUCAAAAUGAUGAUCUGAUUUUCAUGAUUAGAAAUACUGACAGUUUUAAACUUGAAAUACCAUUCAACACUAAAAAGUAAAUGUCACAGCUGUGUUGUCUUUUUAAAAUGUUUUGUGUCAGAGUCACGACAACCUUCGUGUUUUUGUUUUUCUUCACAGAUAUGUUGAGAAGAAGCCUCCGCCUGCUAUUGAACGGGUACUACAGCUUUGAUGGAGUACCGACUGUUUCAUACAAAGAGACCAGAGUCAGGAGAUGCAGAAGUCGGCGGCUAUUAAACGCAAGAACAACAGCAGUCCCUGCAGAAGACGGCAGCAGCAAUAUAAAUCAGAAAAACUACACACUGAAAACAUUUUGUUGGAUCAUCAUCAUCUUCUUUUCCCUGUUUUAUGGAUGUGCCUACCUGUUUUCUGCUCUGCCCUCACAACCUUCAGAGACACUCGUUACACCAAAUGCAACGGACAUGGUCUUAACCCCAGGAUGUAAGGAUCUGGAAAAGCUCAUAGCCAACCAGCAUGAAGUGCUGCUGAGGAUAAAGAAAGAGGUGGACUACCUUCUACCACCAGCAGAUCUGUUGCCCAACUUUGCUCUGCAAUCUCAAGGAGCGAGGAUUUUACACCAAAUGACCUCAGACACGUAUCAGAGCAGAGAAACGUGUAGUUUGUAUGGAUUAGCAAUACGACGACCAGCUGUGGGACCAACGAUUGUAAUCCAGGGAAAGUCCCACCUGCUUCCAGGACAAUGCUGGGCCUUUGCAGGUUCCCAAGGACGUUUAUCAAUUGCCCUGCCUUACAAAGUUUCCAUCAGCCAUGUCACCCUGGCUCACAUUCCCAAAAUGUUAUCACCGACUGGCACCAUCCCCAGCGCUCCAAAAGAGUUUUCUGUCUUUGGAAGGAAUGAUUUGCUAGACGAGGGAAGCCUUUUAGGAACUUUUCUCUAUAAUGAGGAUGGAGACCGGCUGCAAACCUUCAAACUCCCUGAUCAUAAAAUGGGUGCCUUCACCUACAUAACUUUACAAGUGAAGAGCAAUUGGGGCCAUUCUGAGUACACCUGUCUUUAUGGCUUUCGGGUACAUGGAAAAUUGGAGGAAUGAACAGGAGGACACAAGAGAAGGAAAGGGGAUAAUCAGAGGGUAGUAAGUAAAAAUGGGGGUAAGUAUAUGUGAAGGUGAAUCAGACUGAAAAAAAAAUUAAAUUAAAAUUAAAUUAAAAAAAUCUCAAUCCUAUUAAAAUAUAUUACUAGAAUUAUUUAAAGCUGUGAAAGUUGUUUUGAAAAUAUCUGCAAAUGUGUUUAUUUUGUUUAAAAAAAUGCUGGUGGGAAAUAAUAUAUUAAGUGGGCCAGAGUUGAGUUUAAACUAGAUGAGAAGAGGUGAAUAAAUUGGGGGAGGGGCUGUGGUGUGUACAUUAGUGCCUCCUACUGAUUAGGAAAAGAAAUAUGGCAAGUUUGUGGGUUGAUCAAUUAGCUGUUUGGGAACCAUGGUCUAAGCUUUAGACUACCAUUGUAUACAAGGCAAUUGUAGGUACUUUCUUCUGCAAGUUUAACAGCAAAUAUUUUUAAAAAUGUUCAGUCUAAUUCACCUUCACUUUAACAGCAGAGUGUGGAAUAUUUUUGUGCCGAGUUUGCAUGUUUUCUCUGUGUUUGCAUGGGUUUUCUCCAGGUGCUCUGGUUUCCUCCCACACCAAACAUGCACUAAGAUCAUUAAAAAAAAUCCAUAAAUGCCAAUGAGAAAGUUUUGUUAAAACCUUAGUUAUAAAAUGGGAUAAGCAUCAAAUAACAAAAAAAAAAA